AGACCAAUCAACAACGCCCUGCCAACACGACCUGACCCAUAUCGACAGAUCCUUUCCCUUUCUUGAACAAAUUUUUGUGUUCCUCUUGCCAUCGCCAUGUUACACGAUCGGUAGGGGACAGAUUCUGGCGACCAAAAAUGGGGAAUUGUGUUCUUAUUCGUAGAGACCAAAAAUCUGACCCCAAAUUCAAGUGGUCGGUCGGUUCCGGUGCGCUCGUCAAUGUCCGUGUGCCGAUCCCGACCGAGCUCGACCAAGCCAACGGCAGGCUCUGUUCCAGUCCGCCGUCUUCUCAUCUUCCCAGCUCGCCUGAAUUCGGUAAGGGCGAUGAGAUGUUCUUCGAUUCUCAGGCUUGGUUGGAUUCUGAUAACGAUGAUUUCUUCAGCGUUAACGGAGAUAACACGCCGUCGUGCAGCAGCACUCCGAUAUGGCGUCCGAACGCCGUCGAGACGCCGGCGGUGGAGCCAUCGCCGGAGGGAACGAAGAAGCUGCUAAUUGAGCUGUUUCGCGAGAGCUUUGAUAGCGAGCAUGGAAGAACAAUUGGGACUGCAACGAGUAAUGGUCACAUUGGGGUGGUGAUUAUGGAAGGUAAUAAUAAUAAUAAUAGCAAGCCAAAUUGUGGCGGGCGUUCAAGAUCGGUGAAAGGGAAAUCGGCGCAGUCCACGGCGUGGUGCAUUCCGGUUCCGAAAUUGGCGCGGAGUCUCAGCCUUAGCGACAAAAAGAAGAGGCUGCUCAGCCCUUGCCGCGGCGGUGGACCAGUGCACCCUUGAGCCCGUUGUUUUCCUUGUGAAUCUGUAUGUAAACUACUGGACUGGGAAUGGUUUUGAACUCUAUAAGAUUUAUGUUUUUUUUUCUUCAAAUGGUUUUAAUUAGAUUUAUCUUUUAUCUC